ACGCUUCGCCCGGUCAGGGCAAGUCAAAAUUAUACAGCACCAUGCACUAUUACUUCUCGUUCCGGUAGCCACUUUCCAAUGUUAAAAAAAGACAUUUCAACAACCGAAACGUGACCCAGUUCCCAGGUUUGUGAGAAGAAGCCAACACGACGAACACCACUGCUAACUGAGCACAGGCCAACGGACAGGAGGAAGAGCGGUAAACGCCAGAGUGAGGCAAAUCGCCCAGAAAAUCUGGUACAUGUAGGCCUGGGAAAGACUCUUGCCCAGUCUUUCUUGAGUCUGCAAGCGUCUCGCCGGCCGCCGCCAUCUUUGUGUUAUCCUCUGUUCAACAUGGAUUUUCAAAACCGUGCUGGAGGAAAAACAGGCUCGGGUGGCGUUGCUUCGUGGUCAGAAUCGAAUAGAGACCGUCGAGAACGCUUAAGGCAGCUAGCGUUGGAGACAAUAGACCUCAACAAGGAUCCAUAUUUUAUGAAAAAUCAUCUUGGUUCUUAUGAAUGCAAGUUAUGUCUCACACUGCACAACAAUGAGGGAAGCUAUCUGGCUCAUACACAAGGGAAAAAGCAUCAAUCAAACCUAGCUCGUCGUGCUGCUAAGGAAGCUAAAGAGGCCCCAGCACAACCAGCCCCUGAAAAACCAAGGGUAUCUGUUAAAAAGUUUGUCAAGAUAGGACGUCCAGGUUAUAAAGUUACAAAACAGAGAGAUCCAGACACAGGGCAGCAUAGUCUACUGUUUCAGGUGGAUUAUCCUGAGAUAGCAGAAGCCAUUACACCAAGACACCGCUUCAUGUCAGCGUAUGAACAGCGUAUUGAACCACCUGAUAAGGCAUGGCAGUACCUCUUGUUUGCGGCAGAACCUUACGAGACAAUAGCAUUCAAGAUUCCAAGUCGGGAAAUUGACAAAGAUGAAGGUAGACUUUGGACUCAGUGGAAUAAGGACACAAAACAGUUUUUCCUCCAGUUCCAUUUCCGAUUGACACCUGGUCAAAUACAACAGCAACAGCAGAAGAGAGGCAGCAAUCAGCCAGGUGGGCCACCAGGUCUAGCUCCACCUCCACCAAGGAACAUUCCAUCUGCCAACCCUCUCAACCCUUUCGCUCAGCGCUAGUAACUUAGCAACCAACACACUGUCACACUGAACAGUCGCUAAUCAGCUUGUUGCAAUAGGUUUUUGACACAUUCAUUUGCUGUACAUUUGUGUAACGGUUGUGUAGAAAAUUUUAAGUUGGUUUAUAAUCACGAACUUAAUGUCAUUGCUUGAGUAAUAAAAGUGUGUGUUUUGCGUGGAA